AGUAGACAAAUAUGAAGGGAAAAGAGUUUAUCGUAAUCUCUCUGUUCUUUAGUCUAUUCUACUUCAUAGAUGGUAGAAUAAGAUAUGUUAUCCGUAAUGGGGAUGGGGAUCAAGUUCUCGAGUUGAAUACUAACUCAAACGGAAAGCAAGUAUAUAAAGAUUCAGGAUCAGGGGCGUACAAAGAUCUAGGUGUCUGGGAUCCGAGCAACGAAACCGGAUGGUAUAUGGCUGGCCAGAGAGCUCAGCCUUCACAUGGAGGACUAUCGGGAACUAUUGUCAUGGUAAAAGAGUUAAGGCCAAAAGAUAAUCCAAGGUUGUUAGUUGAGCCUACUGAUUUUAAACAAGUUUGGGAAAACCGGGGAGGCUUAGCCUAUGAUGAUAUUGGAGUAUGGGAAAUGGAAUGCCCAACAAAUUAUGUUUGGUUAGGACAUAUAUCCCAUGGAUGUGACGGUUGCAGAUGGCCUAAGCCAAGUUGGUACAAAACUAGAGUAAGAUGUGUACAUAAUACAAUGGUAGAUGAGUGUACCUUGGAAAGAAAUCCAUUGUGGACAAACGAAGGCGAUACUGCAAAUACAAAAGCCUCCUUCUGGAAUUAUGACACAAGAGUUGCAAAUAGGUUCAGUGGCUUUUACAUGACCCGAGCUGGUAGUUAUGAUGAACCACCAAAUUAUAACAGAAAAGUCUAUUGCUUCAAGCAACACGAAGAAAUAGAAGACCUUUAA